AUGCCUAAGGUAACUGGAUUUGAAGUACACGAUGUCAGAUUUCCGACGUCGCUCACUGGCGAUGGCACGGAUGCCAUGAACACCGAUUGUGACUAUUCCUCGGCCUAUAUCACCUUGUUGACAGACUCUGAACUCGUUGGUCAUGGGAUGACCUUUACUAUUGGACGAGGAAACGAUAUCGUAUGCAUGGCCAUCCGCGAAGUCGCCAACAGGCUUAUUGGGAAAGACACGGAAGACCUCUUCGCCGACAUGGGGAAGACUUGGGAAUUUAUGAUGUCCGAUCCUCAACUACGCUGGAUCGGGCCUGAGAAAGGUGUUAUUCAUAUUGCUACCGGAGCCGUAAACAAUGCUUUAUGGGACAUGUACGCUCGUUCGAGGCAAAAGCCCCUAUGGAAACUCGUAGUGGACUUUUCGCCGGAGGAGCUGGUGCGUUCCGCGGCUUGGAGGUAUAUAUCGGAUGCAAUCACGAAGGAGGAAGCGUUGGAUAUGUUAAAGAAAAUCGAGAGUACGAAGGCUGAAAGGGAGGCGAAGGUUCGGGAAAUUGGAUAUCCUGCAUACGUUACUUCUGCUGGAUGGCUUGGUUACUCGGACGAGAAAGUCGCUCGUCUUACAAAGGAAGCCGUGGCCAUGGGAUUUAAUCACUUCAAGAUGAAAGUCGGUGCUGAUCAGGCUAAUGAUCUCCGCCGAGGGAAGAUUAUCCGAUCUAUCAUUGACGAUCCACAGUAUCUUCCUGCUGGCACCCAUCCUCGCGAUCCUAACAGCGAAGAUCUCAAGGGCAAGAAUGCUGGUCCCACCGGAAGCGUUUUGAUGAUCGACGCAAACCAGGUGUGGGAUGUACCACAAGCAAUUGAGUAUGUGAAAGGGUUGGAGGAGAUAAAGCCUUGGUUCAUUGAAGAACCCACAGCACCAGACGACGUCCUCGGCCAUGCAGCUAUUCGGAAAGCUCUGAAACCCCACGGAAUCGGUGUUGCUACGGGUGAACACGCACAUAACAGGAUGGUGUUCAAACAAUUGUUACAGGCCGAAGCGAUCGACGUAUGCCAAAUUGAUUCGUGUCGGUUGGCGGGUGUGAGUGAGGUUAUCAGUGUGUUGUUGAUGUCUGCAAAGUUCGGUGUCCCCGUGUGUCCUCACGCAGGUGGUGUUGGUUUGUGCGAGUAUGUCAUUCACUUGAGCUUAAUCGACUACAUCGCUAUCUCCGGAACGAUGGAACGCAACGUCCUCGAAUUUGUAGAUCACUUGCACGAGCAUUUCAUUGCUCCUUGUUCUAUCAACUCCAAGGGAAGGUAUAAUGUACCUACGAAUCCCCUGGAAGGAUACAGUAUUGAGAUGUUCCAGACAAGUAUCGCAGAGUAUGAGUGGCCUAAUGGGUCGUAUUGGCUGAGCGCGAAGGGGAAGAAAGCGUAA